AUGAAAUUAAAUUCGCUACCAGUAAAAUCAGCUGAUGAGUUCUUUAAAUGCAUUCCAUUCAAUUCUUGCUUCGUUAGCGGUUUAUUCACCCAGCCGUGGCUCAAUAUCAGCAGAGCUAUUGAAGCGGAUUUUGAUAUACUCACACGAGAUGAGCACACUGCAAACAUUACAGUACCCAUUGAAAUUCAGCAGCCUGGAUUCCCGUUAUCUGCUGACUCUCGGCACGAGAUUCCGUUGAGUGAGUUAGUGCCAUAUCAGUACCCUAAAUAUCUAAACGAAAUUACAUUAGAUUUAUUCAUUAAGCUCUUUAUACAAAAUCAGCAACAAUUAAAGCCUAAGAUUGGUUAUCUAGCUCAAUUUGAUCUCAUCGCCGCUAGUCCGUAUCUUCAGCGGAUGUUUCCGAUGAUCCCUGAGCUACACCGGUUAAAACCCAAAUCCAGCAGCUGGCUUGGUCCUCAAUCUACCCUCACUCCAAUCCAUAGGGACGCAACAACCGAAGGCAAUCUCCUCCUUCAGGUUACCGGCUCAAAAAGGGUCAAUGUGAUCGAUCCAAUUUACGCUGACAAACUUAAUUUACACCCAGAUAACUCCCCAAUGCGCAAUUUUAGCAGAUUUCUAGAUGAAUUGCCCAAUGCGCAUCUCCCAAUUCAAGUUGAAAGCGGUGUAUUGAAUCCAGGCGAUGCUGUGUACAUACCACCUGGCUACUACCACUCGUUUAAAUCUCUAUCAGAUUCUUUCAGUUUUGAGUUCGCUAGAAAGUCCGAACGCGAUCUGAAGAAAAUGCCCAAGAAAAUAAAAAGUUUUUAUCAAAAACAAAAUGAAAUUCUCGAUGCUUACGCUUCUGUCGAUGACUUACUUGAGUCGAGCUACCCACACGAUGUACUGGCUAGACUGCGCGGUAUAGCAGCUGGUGAUGAGCAGACUCCUUUACUGCACUUCCCCAGUGAACAAAAUGAGAAGAACCACAAUAAAACCGUGAAUGUCGUUUUGAACGUUAAUUUAAUCAUUAACAUCCUCCUACUUGGUGCGAAAGGUGCCGCUGUCCUCCUUUCUGACAGUGUCUCAUUAUUUGCGUCAUUGGUGGAAUCCGUACUUGACUUGUUAUCAAGUUUGAUCAUAUACGGUACAACUCUUUGUGCAGGUCAUAGGGAUGACAGUACUAGAUUUAAGUACCCUGUUGGAAAGCAGCGUUUCGAACCACUUGGCGUUAUCAUUUUCAGUGUGUUCAUGAUUGGCUCUUUCCUUCAAGUCCUGUUCGAGUCUAUAUCCAGACUACAACACAUACCCAUAACUACUUUGCUUCCUCUUGCUGGUAUACUCAGCAUGGUGAUCACCGUCAUUGUUAAAGCCUUCAUCUGGGUUUUCUGCUUCAAGAUUAAAUCCUCCGGCGUACAAGCCAUAGCUCAAGACAGCUUGAACGAUGUUGUCUUUAACAUUAUUUCUCUUAGUUUUCCUUACAUGGGUCAAGUGUUAAAUAUACCCCAACUCGAUCCAAUCGGUGGUAUUAUUCUCUCAUUAUAUAUUAUCAUUGAGUGGACAGGAACUCUCAUUGAUAAUUUCAGCAGACUUAGUGGUAGGGUUGCAGAUCCAGUGGAACUCUCAAAAGUUCUUUACUGUGUCACACGUUUCACUCCUGUGCAAUCUGUCAGCUACAUUGAAUGCUAUCACGUUGGUGACAAUGUCAUAGUUGAAGUUGACGUAGUUCUCCCACCGAGUGUUUCUCUACCUGUUGCUCACGAUUGGGGUGAAACUAUUCAGUAUGUAAUCGAAUCUUUAGAAGGCAUAGAACGCGGCUUUGUUCAUCUCGACUACAAUCCAACCAAUCCUCCUGGUCACAAAAUGCAAGCCUCGAUGGCUGUAGAGAGAGAAAAGAAGAAACGUUUCCAAAGGCAAAAUUCUAGUGAAAGUGUUCCUCAGCACUUUGAUCAGGAAGGUCUUGCUAGAGUCAACGAAAUAGUUUAA